AUGCGCAUAUCACAUUUGCCGCGGAACUGUUCUAGUUAUUCUGUUUACAUUAGUUGUCGCGUGUAGUGUCAUUGCGUGCGUACGGGUUUAUACAAAGUACUUGUCAACAUAAAGCGUAACAUAGGGCGCGACUACUCGCAUGGCUCUCCGAAGGUGUGCUGCGCUCGCUCCGCGGCUCUUACGGAACAGUCCCGCCCUGCCUGGAGCUCCCGUCCCGGGACGAACCUCUGCGUCCAGCCCUGUCAUCACUGACCGCCGUUGUAAAGCCGCAGAGAUGCAGCACUGUCGGUUCAGCGCUGCGUCAUCGAGCGCAGGUGUGAAUUAUGAGCAGCUGAAGCGGCUCCUGGCGGGGCGCAAAGCUGUGGUCAUAGACGUCAGGGAGCCGUCAGAGCUUAUGGAGUACGGCCACAUCCCCGGGUCCAUCAACGUUCCCUUGGGACAGGUGAACACUGCCCUCCAGCUGGCUCAGGAAGAGUUCCAUGAAAAGUAUGGGGCUGUGAUGCCCCAGCAGACGGAUAACAUCGUGUUCACCUGCCGGUCAGGGGUCAGGAGCCUUAAAGCGCUGGACACAGCCGUCUCGUUGGGAUACAAAGAUGUUCAGAAUUACCUCGGUGGAUGGCUAGACUGGGAGAAGAAUGAACAGCAGAAGUGAUCCAGGGAUGUUGAAACAGGCAAAAUGGAAUCCAACUUUAAGGGUUUCAACAGAGCUCAGACUUUUAAUUGACUCCUUGAUUUUUUGUCCUCAUCUGUGAACCUCAACGAGUGAAACCAGAGGGCUCAGCGCAUAUCAACCAGCACAUCUCUGCUGCUAAAAAUGAAAUUCUAAGUUACUGCGAUACUCGUAAUGUAAGUGUGUGUAUUUCUACAUGAACUACGCAAAUUACUUCUUUUCUCUACAUGAUGGUGAAUUAAAAUUAACUGUACCAAUCUGUA